GUGUGUUUGUGUACAUGGAGGACGCCAGGAUGAACGGUGAACUGAGAGCCGGUCGUACCACGACAGCCAAGAGAGGAAGCAGCGCCAUUGACAGAUCUGAUUAUGACAUGGACUAUGACAAAUACCCAGAUGACCACUAUAACCGUGUGUUUGACUAUCAGCGAGUUCCCUCUUCGGUCCCAGCGGAUCCCAGUCCUGUAAAACAGCCCCGCCCUUCAUCUUCAUCGUCCUCCUCCUCUUCAUCGUCCACGGCGGCUCUGAGAAUGAGGAGCAGCAGGCCGUCCAGAAGGAGCAACAACACACACACCUCCGCCUCCAGCAGCAAAUUGAGAAUGGCAGAGCUUCUUUCCAUCAAAAGGGAGCUGAAAGUGAUCAAGGUUCAGAUCGAUGGCCUGCUGGACUGCGUAGACAAGAUGGACAGACAGAGGAAGGACGGCUCAGAGUGUCCUCAGAGCAGGGAGCCCAGUGUGUCGGAUUCCUCUCGCCGAGGUUCAGUCAGCAGUCUGGAGCGAGAGAGUCCAGAGCCAGGAGAGGCCAGUGAGGACGAGCCGCUGCACUACCAGCACUACUACCCCUACAGCUACACCCAUAGGAUAAAGCAGUCUGAUCAGGAGGAGGACCUGUGAUGCUGCAGUUCAGAUCCUUAGAAGUCUUGCUUCAGAUUCCUCUCGUGUUCACUUCCUUCCAGAAGCAGACGCUCAGAUCUGUAACAGCUGGGAUGGACGAAGCUUCAAGACGACGCUGGCAACACGACCUGCAUUUGGACUGACUCUCCUCCACCCCUGAUUUUUGAUUUUUUUCCCAUAUUUUUGACAUUUUUAUUAUGUUGCACUGCCUUCACCUUCACGUUCUCCAGCAUAGAAUGACGGUAAAAUCAACACUGACACUUUACUGAUUCCAGUGAUCCACAUUCACAUGUUGACACAUUAGUCAAUAUCUGAACAUCAUAGAAAAGUUUAAUAAAACAUACUCAUGGUUUUGCAGAAACCUUUUCUCCAGCUAAAUACCUCCUCACAGUGAGCAGAUUAUUUUAUUUUGGCCUCUGGGCCAACGCCUCUGCAUCGCCACAAAACACUGCAUUAGUGGGCUACACAGGCAAGAGCAGACUCAUGAGCCUGUUGGAUUAUUUCCUUAACUUUUGAGCCUGUUUCAUCACCCUAACCUUGCUUCUCAUGUCAGACUCAUCACUGUUAUUAAAGUCUGUGUGGCACCAGCUGGCGGCUCCUUAUCACACAUUUUAUUUUCAUCAGGCCUGUUUUCAUUAUGUGUAACCAGCUGUGUGACCACAUUAUGCUUCUGCGAUACAGGCUCAGUGAGCACGGCUUUAUGACUUUCUGGGUAAAUUUCACCGUUCAGUCCACUCAGGAAAUCACUUAUAAAGUCAUAUGUAGGCCCAGACAAUUUCCUGAAAUGAGCAUUAGCUUUGAAUAAUAACUCCAUGUAGUAGAUAUGAAUAGGGACAUGUACUUUUUCUACGAUUGAUUGAUUGAAUCUUUAUUUUGAACAUGUUGAAAAAGUACAACAACAUAGAAUUAAAAGAGACAAAUAAACAAAGCAAAACAAAAGGAAAAGGAGCAACCACAACUACAAAUAACUUUCAUGUACAAUCAUGAGUGAUAGUUGGUUUCAUGUGCUUGUUUCAGUUUAGCUUGGGUUAACUGACAAACUGACAAACAGUUCGAGUCAGUGAAACAGUUCAGUUUAUUUCAUGUGGGUAACAAUAUGCUUCAUGUUACCUAAAACUGUUGGGUUCAUGUUUGCUAAGAUAUCUAGCUGAAUGAAAAAGUUAAGUUUAACUUACAGUCCUGGUAAAAAGAAAGCACAGCAUCAUUCCACAGCGAGAAAGUGGAAAACAUUCACGACAGCUGCCAGACUUCUCAGGAGGAGAUAUUCCAGCAAAUUCACCCCAAAGUCAGAUCAAUUAAAAAAAGACUGAACAAGUGUGACUAUGAAGGGUUCCUAGGAGGCUACUUCUUCCCUUUAAAAAGAACAUGGCAGCAUAUGUUAAGUUUGCGCAACUGCAUCUCUACAAACCACAAGACUUCUUGAACAAUGUGCUUUGUUUCUUCAUAAUAUACAGCAGCACAAUCAGCACAAACACCUCAAACCAACUGUCAGCACAGUGGUGGAGGGACAAUGAUUUGGGAAGCUUGCAGUCACUGAGUCGACCAUGAAAUCCUCUGUACACCAAACUGUUCUAGAGUCAAACAUGAGGCCGUGUGUCCCACAGCUAAAGCUUUGCCCAAACUGGGUCAUGCAACUGGACCAUGAUCCCACACACAGCAGCAAAUCUCCAACAGAUUGGCUGAAGAAGCAAAAAAAAAUCAAGGUGCCGUGCAGUGGCCCAAAGUCCAGACCUCAACUCAGCUGAAACACUGUGGUUGGUUUAAGAGAGCUGUGCAUGAAUGAAUGCUGAAAACAUGAACAUGAACAACAGUUCCUCCACAAUGAUGUGAGACACGAGUUUCACAGAAAACCAUUGCUGCAAGAUUUUGCUGCUAAAUUAGGUCCUAAAAGCAACUUAAUAGGGCACACACACUGCUUCUGCAGUUUGGCUUCAGGUUUUGCUCAGUAAAUAAUGACACGGUGUAAUAUGUCAUAUGCUGUUGUUCACCUGAGGUUGUGUUUAAGUCAUUUUAAGACCUGAUAAGGACCAGAUUGAUACAUGAACCCUAAGAAGUGACAGACACACCUACAGCUACAGAAACUGUACUUUUGAUGCUAAUAAGAAUUUUUGAAAGACUCAACUGGUAAUAGAAAAAAAUAGAUGACCCUCCUGAAAAGACAUGCUACUGAACAUUUGAUGGCCCAUUUUCUACUAUGUGAUACACCACUGCCAAAUAAGACCAGUUACACAUAAAAUAUUGAAUAUAUAACACAAUACUGUUGUUCCCACUACAGCGUUGCUGGUUUCUGUUGUGGCUUUCAUUUUAUGAAAUAAUGUUUAUUAUUGGUUUAAUGGAGAGCACAGACACCAAACAGUUGCUGAACCUUUUAAAAUGAACAACCGUCAGUGUAAAUACGCUCUAAAUAUUUGUCAGUUUAAAAAGUGACACUUGAACAUAUUCAUGUGUACAAUAGUAGCUCUUUAUACUGAAACCUUAUUUCAGACUUUAAAAAAAAGUGACACUAAAUGUUUUAAUAAGAAAUCCAGCGAGUUAGGACGCAGACUCAUUUUGGAAAGACUUGAUUUGACGUCGCUGUAGCUUCUCCUGUCGGUGCUUUUGUGUUUGUUCAGUGCUGAAUGUAACCUAUUUAACUGUGAGUGUAAUAAAGGUAU